AUGUGGUCAUUUUCGAAUCAUUGCGCGCAAUAUUUUGUAUUUUCAGCAGGAUAUGGCCCAGAAAAGUUUGGUGGUUUUGUAGAAGGACUGGAUAUAUCUGUUAAAUGCUUUCAUUUCUCAUUUCCUUCAUUUUACUUUAGUUCUCUAUAUCAUAUUUGCACUGAAUUAAUUACAGUUGCUAGCAGAAUAUUGACAGGGUUCGGCUACAGAAUUCGAGAUAAGAUAUCAUUGUCACAUCCAAAUCAACAAGACGACAGUACAUCAAGCCUACCUGAUGGCAUUUUCCAUUAUAGCAAUAAAGAAAUGGAAUCAGAUGCUAACUUUAAUCUGCCACACUUUUAUGGAAGUCAAGAGGAAAUCAAUCCUAUGACUAUUGCUAAUGAAUUACUGAAUGCAAUUUCAAGUGCUAAGCAAAAAAACGAAGAAUUAACAGGAAUCAGCCUACCAAUGCCAUUUGGUAUGAAACCUUUGCGAGUUAAACUUGCAAAUAGCAGGAAAAAGGCAUUUCGAAUGGGAAAGCAAUUUGAAGAAGAGUUAGAAGUGUCAUCUGAAUCGCCCAAAUCAUCAUCGAACAUACCUCUCAAAUUAGACCGAGCAAGCUGGAAAGCGCUUAAGAAUGCUCGACUCGCGUGUCUUCAGGAUGAUCAAAAUGCUUGUGACCAGGCUCUUGAAAAGUAUCAUCAAUUACGCUUCAACACUUCCCCCGUAACUCGAAGUCGUGAAAUGCGAGCUAUAUUGUUAAAACACCCUGAAAGUUUCAUAUUGAACAGUUUUUUGAAAUGGAUCAUGCCUAAUUUAAAAUCACUAAACUGA